AACGUCAGUCGAACGUUUUCUUCCCCUCCCCAGUGCUCACGCGCCCACCCGAGGGAAGAGGAGAGCAGAUCAGCAGACGCACAAUCGCUGCCCGCAACAACUACUGGGAAAACCACUUGUAAAGCAGAUCACGUACACAUAUACCGCUCCGUGCGUCGUCGUCGCCGCGCCGCCCCCACCCCACCGGAUCCCGCCAGAUCCAGCUGCUCAGAUCCCAUGGACCCCUCGCCGGCCCAGGCGGCCGGGUCGGAGCGCGACCGCUCGCCGCCGCCGCCCCCUCCCCCUCCCACGUCAUCGUCUGCCUCGCCGCUCGCCGUCGUCUGCAACUUCUGGAAAGACUUUGAUUUGGAGAAAGAAAGAAGUGGUCUGGAUGAGCAGGGUUUAAAGAUUGCAGAGAAUCAAGAGACGAGCCAAAAGAACCGACGUAGACUUGCUGAAAGCACUCGGGAUUUCAAGAAGGCAGCUUCAGAUGAGAAGCUUAGUUUGUUCAACUCAUUGCUUAAGAGUUAUCAAGAGGAAGUUGACAAUCUCACAAAGAGAGCAAAGUUUGGAGAAAAUGCAUUUCUCAACAUCUAUCAGAAGCUAUAUGAAGCCCCUGAUCCAUAUCCAGCUCUGGCUUCUAUGGCUGAUCAAGACCAGAAACUAUCUGAACUGGAGUCUGAAAAUCGGAAGAUGAAACUUGAGCUUGAAGAAUACCGGGCAGAAGCUGCCCACCUGAAGAACCAACAGGCGACAAUUAGACGACUUGAGGAGCGCAAUCGCCUACUAGAACAACAGAUGGAAGAAAAGGUGAGAGAGAUGGUUGAAAUGAAACAGCGAAGCUUGGCAGAAGAUAGUCAGAAAACUCUUGAAGCCCUGAAAGACAGGGAACGGUCAUUGCAGGACCAACUAAGGCAAGCUACAGAAAGUGUCAAGAAUAUGCAGAAGCUACAUGAAUCGGCACAAAGCCAAUUGUUUGAGCUUCGGACUCAAUCAGAGGAGGACCGAACUGCAAAGGAAGCUGAAGUGAGCCUUCUGAUGGAUGAAGUUGAACGUGCUCAAUCACGAUUAGUUAGUCUUGAGAGAGAAAAGGGUGAUUUACGGUCUCAGUUGCAGACAACACAUGAAGACACAAGCAACAGUGAUUAUGUGGACCCAAGUGAUAUACUUGAGAGUUCAUUAAAUGCCAAGGAGAAGAUUAUAUCAGAGUUGAAUACAGAACUGCGUAACAUUGAAAGUACUUUAUCAAGUGAGAAAGAAAUGCAUGUGAAUGAACUGAAGAAGUUGACUGCUUUGCUCAGUGAGAAGGAAAAUGCUCUAACGGAGUUGAAGAAAGAACUUCAAGAAAGACCAACACAAAGACUAGUUGAUGAUCUCAAGAAAAAAGUUCAGAUCUUGCAGGCUGUUGGAUACAACUCAAUAGAAGCUGAAGACUGGGAGCUAGCAACUAAUGGUGAAGAAAUGAGCAAGCUGGAAGCUUUGCUUCUGGACAAGAACCGCAAAAUGGAGCAUGAACUAACACAACUGAAGGUUAAAAUAUCAGAGAAAUCAAGUCUUCUUGAGGAAGCUGAAAAAAAGAUUGCUGAACUAGCUUCAAGGGUUGAAGAGCAGCAAAAACUGAUUUUGAAACUUGAAGAUGACAUACUAAAGGGCUGCAGUUCAACUGAUAGGAGGAGUUCACUUUUGAAUGAUUGGGAUCUUCAAGAAAUCGGCUCAAAUGAAGUAUCAGAGGGUAGUGAUCAAAGAUAUGCAUCACCAGACCAAGAUCAAAGUUCCAUGCUCAAGGUCAUUUGCAAUCAGAGGGAUCGUUUCCGCACACGACUGCGUGAAACUGAGGAGGAACUGAGGAGAUUAAAAGAGAAGUAUGAGAUGCUAGCUGUAGAAUUGGAAAAAACUAAAGCUGAUAAUGUUCAAUUGUACGGAAAGAUUCGAUACGUUCAGGAUUACAGCCAUGAGAAGAUUGUUUCUAGAGGACCAAAGAAGUAUGCAGAAGAUAUUGAAAGCGGUUCUUCAGAUGUUGAAACAAAGUACAAGAAAAUGUAUGAGGACGACAUAAAUCCCUUUGCUGCUUUCUCACGGAAGGAAAAGGAUCAAAGAUACAAGGAACUUGGUAUAAGAGAUAAAAUCACUCUGAGUAGUGGCCGUUUUCUCCUUGGUAACAAAUUUGCACGGACAUUUAUAUUCUUCUACACCAUUGGAUUGCAUCUUCUUGUCUUUACGCUGCUGUACAGAAUGUCGGCUUUGAGCUAUCUGAGCAUAACACCUGCACAUGAUGAGAUCAUCCUGGACGCUGGCAAUCAGACACUAUCACACGCGACCAAGUUUAACUAAGAUGUAACAGUUUCAUUACUUGAUGAGUACUGAAAAAGAAGGCUUCUGGAUUUUGGUCUCAAGAAUCUUUGCAUAGGAUCGUGACUGAAGUUAUAGUUGACUUGUUUCACUAUGCCCUCUAGGUGUCUUGAUAUGUUCCCUGUAGAUAGAAUUUCCAGUUUUGUGGGCAAGGGAUGUAGUGGAGGAAGAGGUGUGGAGGAUUGGGUCAUUCUGUAAACUGUGUGUAUUUACUAAUCGCCAUUUGCUGGUAAAGGAAAAAGUUUAUCCGCUCUCUCAAAUGUACGGACACAAUGCCAUCCAAAGCGUUCCACAUCUGGCCCAGAACAUGACUCGAGGGCAGGUUGUACAAAAGCCAGAAACAAGAAGUAAUGAAGUGAGUAAUGUUGAAGUCUUUUUUACGAUAA